AUGGCACCCCAAGCUCGGAGGGAGUUGACGACAGCAGAAGUCAUUGCUCAAUUCCGUGGAUACAAUCCUGAGAAAUUCUCAGGACAAGGAGAUCCUCGUCUGGUUGAGGAAUGGAUUCAGGGUCUUGAAUCUAUUUUGAGAUCACUGAAUGUUCAGAAAGGCAUGGUAUUCUCU